AUGCCCCGGCACCUGAUGGGGGACAAGUCCUUCGUCUCCAUGCCACCUCUCUCUUUCCCCAACCCAACACCAGCAGCAGAGAAUGGCUUUGACAGCACACCGCCUAGCAGGAGGGCAUCCCCAGGCACGCCCCUGAGCCUCAGCUCCCUGCGCUCUGCCGCCCGCAGCCCCCUGGAUGCCUGCAGCCAGCCGCUGUGCCGACCCCGGGCAGAGAAGCAUGGCGCCCCGGGGGCCCCCGAGGCUGGGCCAAGCACAGCAUGUGGCUGGGGGGACUUUGCGCCCGCAUGCCUGCAGGUGUGCAACUCGCCACGGGGUGUCCUGCUGUUCCUGUGCGCAGCAUCCUUCCUGCAGGGCAUGACGGUGAACGGCUUCAUCAACACAGUGGUCACCUCCAUCGAGCGCCGCUUCGACCUGCACAGCUACCAGAGUGGCCUCAUUGCCAGCGCCUACGAUGUGGCCUCCUGCCUCUGCCUCACCUUUGUCAGCUACUUCGGGGGCAGUGGGCACAAGCCACGUUGGCUGGGCUGGGGUGUGCUGGUCAUGGGUGCUGGCUCGCUGGUGUUUGCGCUGCCGCACUUCACCACCAGCCGCUACGAGGCGGAGGCGGACCCGGGCAUAGGGAUGUGCCCUGCCAUGCACAGCACAGCCUGCACCCACCGUCCCUCGGGCCUGUCCCACUUCCAACUGGUCUUCAUGCUGGGCCAGUUCCUGCAUGGUGUGGGCGCCACGCCCCUCUAUACCCUGGGCGUCACCUACCUGGAUGAGAAUGUCAAGUCCAGCUAUGCGCCCGUCUACAUUGCCAUCUUCUACACAGCGGCCAUUCUCGGCCCUGCCGCUGGCUACCUGAUCGGAGGUGCCCUGCUGAACAUUUACACGGAAGUGGGCCACAGGACGGAGCUGACUAUGGAGAGCCCGCUGUGGGUGGGUGCCUGGUGGAUCGGCUUCCUGGGCGCCGGGGCCGCCGCCUUUCUCAUCGCUGUGCCCAUCCUUGGCUACCCUCGGCAACUGCCAGGCUCCCAGCACUAUGGGGUCAUGAGAGAGUCAGAAAUGCAGCAGCUGAGAGACAGUGGCCCCAGGGCGGCCAGCAACCCAGACUUCGGGAAGACCGUCCGUGACCUGCCUCUCUCCAUCUGGCUUCUCUUGAAGAACCCCACGUUCAUCCUGCUCUGCCUGGCGGGGGCCACUGAGGCCACACUCAUUGCCGGCAUGUCCACUUUCGGUCCCAAGUUCCUCGAGUCUCAGUUCAGCCUCAGCGCCUCGGAAGCCGCCACCCUGUUUGGGUACCUGGUGGUGCCAGCGGGCGGCGGGGGCACAUUCCUGGGCGGCUUCCUCGUGAACAGGCUGAAGCUCCGGGGCUCCGGGAUCAUCCGGCUCUGUCUGCUCUGUGCCCUCGCCAGCCUUCUGGGCAUCUGCGUCUUCUCCCUGCACUGCCCCAAUGUGCCCAUGGCGGGCAUUACAGCCGGCUACGGUGGGAGCCUCCUGCCCGAAGGCCACUUGGACCUCAGAACGCCAUGCAACGCGGCCUGCAGCUGCCAGCCGGAGCACUACAGCCCUGUGUGCGGCUCCGAUGGCCUCACGUACUUCUCGCCCUGCCAUGCGGGCUGCACCACGGCCACCGAGACAGGCCCGGGCAGCCAGAAGGUGUACCGAGACUGUAGCUGUGUCCCUCAGAAUUUUUCCUCUGGCUUCGGCCAUGCUGCCGCAGGGAAAUGCACUUCCGCCUGUCAGAGAAAGCCCCUCCUUCUGGGGUCCGUGUUCGUUGUAAUUUUCUUUACAUUUCUCAGCAGCAUUCCUGCGCUCACGGCCACGCUACGGUGUGUCUGUGACCGGCAGCGAUCCUUUGCCCUGGGAAUCCAGUGGAUCGUGGUUAGAACACUAGGAGGCAUCCCGGGUCCCAUUGCCUUCGGCUGGGUGAUCGACAAGGCAUGUCUGCUGUGGCAGGACCAGUGUGGCCGCCCGGGCUCCUGCCUCGUGUACCAGAACGCGGCCAUGAGCCGCUACAUCCUCAUCGCUGGUGUCCUUUACAAGGUGCUGGGCUUCCUCUUCUUCACCUCUGCCUGCUUCCUGUACAAGCCCCUGUCGGGGUCUCCAGAUGGGCUGGAAAAUUCUUUACCCAGCCAGUCCUCAGCCUCUGACAACCCCACCGACCACCAGCUCCAGAGUGAUGUGUAACCGCCACCGCCCACAGCAGGGACAGGGUGGGUGUCCAGCGUUUCCCAAGGACCAGCAUCACAUAGGCCACUUGCUGCUAUCAGCUUUCUUCCCAGAAGGGCCAGCCCCACCCCCAUGCCACAUCACAGAGGACCCUGGGGAGAGCUCGCCUCGGAUUCUGGGGCCUGCGUGACCAUCCCAAAGUCGAACUGAGCCCAUGAACUGCAGUUGUCUGAGACUCGAAGGUAUGGAGAAAUAACACGUGGCAUGUUGGAAUGCUGCACCCUCUCUGGCCCUGAUGCCAUGGACGGGUCUGUGUACCCGCCCAGCCCCGACCUCCUCUGUUCUUCUGAUGGAGCACAAAGCCCGCAUGAGACAGGCGCCCUCAGGUGACGUGGUCUGCAGGACCCUCUACUUGACCUGUGCCUGAACGUCUGCUGUGACCUCCCGUACCAGACUGCAGUCCUGCUGCGGCAGGUGCACCUUGCCCCCAUGUGUAUUUAUGAACCAUGUUUUGCAUAGAGGUGUAUUUAUGGACUUUGUACCUGAUGUGUGUGUGAGAGCAGGCGGCAGGCUGUGGACCCCACGGCGGGGAAGCGCCCUGCUGCCCUGGGGGGUGUGUGUGUGUCCUUGGAAGACCAGGCAUGUGUGAAUAUAUUUUAUUAUUUAAAGCA